AUGCCGCCGAAGAAGAAGGCGAAACUCAACCCGACGGAGCCGCGGAGGCCGACGACGCCGCCGUACGAGAAGGCCGCGGCCGCGAGACCCCAGAGCGCCGCUCCGCUCGUGAAGUUCCUGCUCGACGAGACCGACGCCGCGAGCGAGAUCUUCUCUCGACUGGACCCCGCGUCGUUCGCGACGUCGACGCGCGCGUGCGCGGACCUGUUCCAUGGCUUCAAGGCGCGCGCGAGGGAGAACGGGAAGCUCGAUCAGGCCGCGUUCUUGACGACGGUCCCUCGGUUCAAGUGGGCGGUAGAAAACGGGCUCUUGCAGCUCGGCAUGGGACUCUUCAGGCACGCUUUGAGGAUGAACGUCAAGCGGGCACCCUGGCAGUGUGCGUUUGCGUUUGGGGAGCUUCCCGCAUCCUACGACUACUACGCAUCCUGGAGGAAGGCGCACCUGGAGUCGGACGACGCGGUGACGAUCUUGCGACGGCUGUUGACGGACUUCUCGGGAGCUUUCGACGGAAGGUCUCUCACGAGAGAAAUGCGCGAAGACAUGAGCGCGGAUGUCGCCGCGGCGGGAUCCGUGGACGUGAUUAAGUUCGUCGCCACCGUCGGAAACAGCGGUUGGACCGACGAGUGGCGUGACGAGUGGGGUAACUCCAUUCCGAUGAUGUUCACGUACGGGGCGUGCGCGCAGAAUGCCGCCGCGGAGGGGCACUUGGACGCGCUGAAGUAUUUACGCGAGGAGCUCUCGUGCGACUGGUGUGAUGGUGUCGUCUUGAAAGCCGCGGAGCACGGGCACGUCGAGAUGAUGCUCUGGGCGAUAAACAACGGGUGCGAAUGCGAGGAGUCGUCGAAAUACGCCGCGCGCGCGGCGCUCCACGGGAGGAGAAACGUUCUCGAGGUCUUGCGGAAUCUCGAGUAUCCGUUCGACGAGCUCGUGACCGCGGACGCGGCGUUAGGCGGGCAUCUCGACAUUCUCAAAUGGCUUCGGAGUGAGAGUUUCCUGCUAGAAACGAUCAUGGAGACGGGAGAAACCUGGGGGCCGUGCCCGUGGGACGAGAGCGCGACCGCGAACGCGGCGGGAGAAGGAGGGCGCGACGCGGAGUUGUUACGCUUUGCGCGCGAGAACGGGUGUCCGUGGGAUGGCGAUGUGUACCUCCGAGCGCAGGAAUGGAAACGACCCAUCGCUUUCGAGUGGGCGUUGAAGAACGGGUGCCCAUUUCCGACGGAAGAAGACAUCAAGCGUUGGUUAUCCAGGGCAGAGUACGAGAAGACGCCCCCGUUUCACCGGUUCGCGUUUGUCAAGAGAAGGGACUCGACGGGUGCGGAGAUGAAUCCAAAAGCCCUCCUCGACGAACUCUAUAGCCACUUCGCUCAUGACGGGGUGACGACGCUCCCGGACAUGUCUCACCUUCACGACUACGAUCCUGAUGCCGAGGCGUGAUUGUAGACCUCGAACGCAUGUAAAACAAUUACUGUACACGUA